CUCUUCUUCUUUGCAGAUAGCAAUUCAAUACUCCUGGGAAAAUCUCGACUUGUACAAAAAACACAGUGAUAUUGUGGGAACACGGGACAUGUAAUCACGACGCCCAGCGACAGUAACUGGAUCUUGAUAAUACGGGGGGAGGAACUAUCUGUGCAGCGGGCUUCCAAAAGUCGACAUUUGACCCGCAACCCUACUUCCCCAUUCGAGCUGUGCUUGUUACCUUCUACACUCCACGACAUAUGCAACUGAGGAGAGUUGUAUACAUGACUUGACAAUCACGAUCGCUUUGGUAUACCACCACUAGACGAACCCUGGCCAGAUUGCGUCCUGGUUCAAAUUUUGAUCCAGCGCAGAACGCGAGUCGAUAAGGGUGUGCACCUCAGCUUCCACCACCACUUGCCACGCCACGAGCCACCCAUCGGCCCAGCAGCUUCGUUGGCUACUGUUAUAUACUUUGCACUCCAAAGCUACCGAACCUGCAUGCGCCAGAACUGCGCGCCACUGUCGCCCAAGGCCGUAGAGCCGCGCCGCACUGGCCUUCAAUCUGCCACCCACCGAGUCCGACCAGGAGAUAAAGGAGAGGCACCAGUGAAUUGCUCGCGAAUUCAGCAUGUCGGAUCAAGAAAUCACUCCCAAGACCGAGGCGGUCGAUGCUGCGCUCGGCGAUAUGAAGUUGGCUGAGGAGGACUCCGCGACGGAGGCAAAACUUGCUACACCCCCGUCAAAUACAGACGACAACCCACAACCAUCAGCAACACCAACACCGAAACAAUCGCGGUCACCUACGCCUGAAGAUAUGGAGACAAAAUCGGAAACGCCGACAUCUGAGGAUGAGGUCAAUACUGAGGUGGUCGAGGGGGAUAUCGUAGUGGUUCAGGAGGCCGGGAAAGCACCUAAAUUGUCGAGGAAGGCCUCCCAGAAGGUCGUCUUUAGGCCCCCGCCGUUAUUUGAUCAUCUCGAAGAUGCCACCCCCGAAUGCGUAACGAAAUUUCAGGUCAUCCAGGACUGCAUCUACGGGUCGAAGUAUAUGGGUUCGGCGGACCACGAGGCCCUGGGCUGUGAUUGCUCUGAAGACUGGCGCGAUGGCAAGAAUCACGCAUGUGGGGAAGAUACGGACUGCAUCAAUCGCCUGACAAAGAUUGAAUGCAUGGACGAUGAGUGUAACUGUGGUCCUAACUGCCAGAACCAGCGCUUUCAGCGAAAGGAGUUCUCCAAAGUUUCCGUCAUCAAGACAGAGAAGAAGGGUUACGGGUUACGCGCUGACACAGAUCUCUCCGCACAUGAUUUCAUCUUUGAGUACAUCGGGGAAGUUGUCAACGAGCCGACAUUACGACGACGGAUGAGGCAGUACGAUGAGGAAGGCAUCAAGCAUUUCUAUUUCAUGUCCCUUACCAAAUCCGAGUUCGUCGACGCGACAACAAAGGGAAAUCUGGGUCGGUUCUGCAAUCACUCAUGUAACCCCAAUUGCUACGUCGAUAAGUGGGUGGUCGGCGAUAAACUCCGCAUGGGCAUAUUUGCCGAGCGGAACAUCAAAGCUGGCGAGGAGCUCGUUUUCAACUACAACGUUGACCGGUACGGCGCAGACCCGCAACCAUGUUAUUGCGCAGAGCCAAACUGCACGGGAUUUUUGGGUGGCAAGACUCAGACUGAACGGGCUACGAAACUCUCACAUACUACUAUUGAGGCUCUUGGAAUUGAUGAUGGUGAUGGAUGGGAUGUUGCGGUUGCCAAGAAACCUCGGAAGAAGAAGUCGGGAGAAGAUGACGAGGAGUAUGUUAACAAUGUUCAACCAAAGGGACUUGAUGAGAAUGGCGUUACGAAGGUCAUGGCUACACUUAUGCAGGGCACGGAGAAGUGGAUUGCGGUCAAGUUGCUUAAUCGCAUACAACGGUGCGGGGACGAGCGAAUCCGACAAAAGGUGGUCCAAUUUCACGGUUAUCGUAUAAUGCGGAUAUGCUUGGAGACUUGGAAAGAGGAUAACAAUAUCAUUCUCCAAGUCCUGGACAUCCUGUACCAGCUGCCCCGGCUCACCAGGAACAAGAUUGUCGACUCAAAGAUUGAGCAGGUGGUCGAGCCUCUGACCAAGUCGGAGCAUGAAGAUAUUGCGUCAGAAUCGCUGCGAUUGAUGGAAGUAUGGAGUAAGCUGGAGGUUGCGUACCGCAUUCCGCGGAAGAAAUUCGAUCCCACAGCCCAAGCUGCAAACCAAUUUGACGCUCGUCGAGGAGGUGACCGCGAGGAUGAGCCCUCCCACACACCUAAUCCAACCGCAGCAGCUCCCACUGGGCCCAGAAACUCCACCGCCACACCACGAGGUCCAGCAAGACCGUUCCAACCAAGACCACCAGUGCCGAGGAGAGCUCCAUUACCUACGGGGUGGUUUGCGACGCUUGAUCCAGCAGGGAAUACAUAUUAUUAUAGUCGCGGCGGUCAAACGACGUGGCAACGGCCGACUCUCCCUGCAAACGAUGCUCCAGCACCGAAAAAGAAUAUUGCGAAAGCUAUUCAAGACCAAAAACGACUACAGGAUAUUAUUGAUUCCGUCACGAAGGGCGACCAGGCUAAGCCAGUGGCUACUCCAAAGAUGUCUGAGGCAGAGCUGAAAGAGAAGAAGAGGGCUGAGAAGUGGCGCUCAUUGCCUGAGGAGAAGCAGAUGAAGAUAUAUGAAAAUACUCUUGCUCCUCAUAUUAAACACGUCAUGGAUAAGUACCGCAAAAAGCUUCCCAAAGAAGAACUGAAGCGCUUCGCCAAGGAAAUCGGGAAGAUCCUCACCGCCUCUGAUUUCAAGCACAAGCGCGUCGAAGACCCUACCAAGAUCACUGAGUACCACGAGAAGAAAGUUAAGAAGAGCGUGCGCGACUACUUCGAGAAAGCCGUCGCCAAAAGGGUCGCGUAUGAGAAGAAGAAGGCUGAGAAGAAGGCAGCUGAGGCUCUUAAGAACGGCCAGACUCCCGCCAGCGUCGUGUCAAAUGACGUUGCUACCCCAGCUACGGCGGACACCAGCACCCCGAUGGACGCAGAUGCGGAGGAUAAGGCCGCGAUGUCCGAUGUCGACAUGUCAGAUGACGAGCUGCAUACGCAAUCCGUCCCAGCCACCCCAGUAGGUGAGAGCUCAGGCGAUGACACACUGAAGCGUAAGCGCAACGAAGAUGCCCAACACACACCCGCCGAUACCGAUGAUGCCUUCGCCAAGCGCUUUAAGGCAGAUGGUACCGCAGUCGACGCUUCCCCCGGCCCACCUCCACCCCCACCGCCUCCACCAGCAGACGCACAGGUACCAGACCACAUAGAAGAAGAAGACCCAGCAGCAGCAGAGAUGCGAGCCGCUCAAGAAGCACUUGAGCGAGAGAACGAGGCUGCAGUGAGAGAAGAGGAGAUGCAGCAGGCUAUGGCGCAGGGGGUUGAGGGCGCAGUGUGUAAGAUGGGCGAUGGUAAUACGGUGAACGGGACGCAUGAUAAAUCGGGCAACAACGAUGCUGAGGGCGACAACAAUGGGAGCGAGAUGGAGGGGCUGCUGCAGAGCGAGCGGACGGAAGUGCUCAGUCAUUGAACUGAUUCAAAAAGGCGUUUUUUGUUAUUGCAUGCAUGCAUAGGUGGCGCGCCGGGCGGGGGUUGUUAGUUUUACCGGACGGACGACUUAACCUUUUUUCCUUGAGAGCGCAAAGUCGGGGGGGAGGACUUUGCAUUAUAUAUGUACGCUGUAAAUAUAUCUGGCGUUGAAAUUGGAGGAGCGGUUUGGAGCGAGGGGAUGAGGGGGUGAGGGGGUGAGGGAUGACAUUGGGCUUCGUUUUUUUGUGUGUGC